GUUUGGCGUUGCUAAUGGGCCCGAAAGAGCGUGUUUCAAACUUGAAGGUCGUUUUUGUAUGCAAACUGUGGAGAAUGCCGCUACCUAACCUAGAUUCUUUCAAAAACAUCGCCGUCGGGAAAGAUAACUCAAAUAAACAACAAAUUGUGCAUAUUUUGAAAGGAAUCACAGAUCAGGAAGUCCCACCAAAGCAAAAACAUAUUCGUGGAAUUAUUUUAGCCACAUUUAGUGGAAAGUCUUCGUUGUUUUUUUAUGAGACUGCACUUAAACUCGCCAUAUACACCAAUCCAAUAGUCUGCUGGAAGUUUCUAUAUGUUAUCCAUAAAUUGUUCCGAGAUGGGCACCGUGAGUGCGUAAGUGAUGGGCUACGUCACGCAACCAGAGUUUCCCAGUUGCAGUCUGCCUGGAGUAAUCACGCGACAAAGUGUGGAUAUCCGAUCGUAGACUUUUGUCAACUGAUAACCCGGAAAAUCAGCCUACACAGAAAAUAUGGAGUAUUACCUGGAAGUCUGGAGCUAACUCCCAAUGAGCUGAAGAGUUGUCUUUCUGCACAAGUAGACCACUUAUUUCAAUUUAGUGUCGAUCUUAUGGAUAUGCUAGAAGAAACAUUGCGCUUCAAAGAUGUUGUUCUCCUUUCUUUGGAAGGUAUUCAAGCUGCUUCAUUCACUCCCUCUGGUCAAUGUAAACUUAUUCCACUCAUUCAAUGUAUUCAAGAUGCUGCAGCACUCUAUGAACUAAGCGUACAAGUCAUCUUUAAGUUACAUGAGUUAUUAGGUAAUGGAACAAUGUCCGGUCACAGAGAACGCUUCAGAGAUCUCCAUAUUUCUGUCAAGAAAUUUUUUGAAAAUGUAUCCCACAUGCAAUAUUUCCGUUCAUUUGUUCACAUACCUUCAAUAUCCCAGAAUCCGCCGAAUUUUUGUGUUCAGUCGGAACUGAGUGAACAUACUACACUUAGAGUUACGAUGAAUGAAUCACCAUCAUUAUCUCCACCACUGCCACCACCUUCACUGUUGUCAUCGACGGCAGUACUAGUGGAUGAACGGAACAGUCCACAUUCGGGUGAUGAAGAAGAUUCUUGUGAAUUAACCAUUGUACCUAAAGUUAUGUCACAAAUUUUUCCAACUAAAUUAUCAACUGAAAAACAAACACUAAUUAAAUUAGGUUCUGAAAAUGCGGAUAUAAAUGAGAAGACGGUUAUAUUGUCAAAAGAAGUGAAAAUGGAUCCAAGUGUCAAUGAUAAACAUCACCAUAUUAAUAAUAAUAGUAAUACUAUUGAUAAUAAUAGUAAUUUGAAAAUGAAUUGGAACCCAUUUUUGGAUAAUUCGAUUCAAACAAAUAACCAUGUACUGUCACCUUAUCAGACUCAUGUAACGGAUGAAAAACAUGAAGUACUCAUUGAAGUGGAGUUGUUAAAGUCUGAAAUAGAAAGAUUAAAAGCAGAACAUCAUGAACAAUCUUAUUCGCUUUUGAAUCGUAUACGAAUAUUAGAAGAUGAAAUCAAAGAACUUGUACAAUAUAAGUCUAAUCAUGAAGAGCAACAAGUGAACUAUGAGACGAAAUUAACUGAAAAAGUUUGUCAAGCUCAAAUGUUUGAAGAGAAAUUUUUAAAAUUAAAAGAAGUCUAUACUAAACUACGUGAAGAACACGUUGUUCUGUUGAAAAAUUAUGGCAAUGUUCAACAAAACUUACAACAAGAAACUCAAAAGAAUCAAGAUUUAAUAAAAACAAUUGAAGAUCUCCAACACCACCAAAUGUCGUCAUCACUAGGUGAAGUUGAAUCGCUUGUAUCUGGAAAUCGAACUGAAGAAUUGGUCGAUCAAUGUUUAAAACUACAGUAUCAAUUGAAUGCCUAUGAAUCAAAAUCGGAAUCUGUAAAUACUGAUAAAGAUCAACUUACUGUAGAGCUUUCAAAAAGUCAACAAUUAUUAAAGGAUUCUGAAAUGAAAAUUUCCAAACUAACUAAUGAAUUGCAAGUUUUAAAUGAUCAACUUAACCAGGAGAAGUUAUUUGCAGUCAGGGAAAAUGAUACAUGCAACGGAAAUACUUUCACACAUAUUGUUGGUGAUGAUAAAGAUUGUAAGAAUGGCGAAUUAACAAUGCAUUUAGAUAAAUUUAAACAAACGCUUUUAAAAAAUACCGUUGAGCAGGUAUUAUCUGUAUUACAAAGUAAUCAAACUAUUGGACAAUCACCUGAAUUUAUAGAAGUGUACAUACAUUGUUCUCCAACGUACUUUUUAAAUCAUUUAUCACAAGUUACUAACUAUUUUAAUUUAUUUGAAUCUGCAUUAACUGACUACUUGUCUGAUAAUGAAAAAGGAUUGAUUCAAACUUCAUAUUAUAUUGGUCAGCUAAACUCUCAGUUAUCAUUACUAUCUCUUUUCUCUAAAUCGAUACGUCAAUCAAAUGUUACAAGUGAUUCUUCAUACAACUGUUUACAUAGUUUAGACUUAAUUCAAAGUGAAUUUACGGAAUUACUUAAUGUUCUGCUGCAAAUCAACAGUAUUAAUCAGGAUCAUAUAGAUUAUAAUAACGAUAAACACAAUUAUUUCAAUCAAAUCAAAGAGUAUUUAUCUAAGAUUCAUAAUCAGUUAAAAUAUAUGUCUACUGAAGUAACAAAUUUAUCGAACUCUCUGUCGAAUGGUUACAAUAAUGAUGACAUUAUGUCGUCGACUGAUGUGAUACAGAAAGAAAUGGAAACCACUUUUCAGGCUAUCACAGCUGCAGAACAGAAAUUCCAGGGAUUAAUUGAGGAAUCUAAAAAAAAUUCAAUCAACAAUGAAAAUCUUCAAGUGAAUUCACUUAUAUUAGAUUGUUGUUCUGAAUUGUUACUUUGUGUUGGUGAUCUAGUGAAACAAUCUAAAUUGAUUCAACAAGAGUUUGAAAGUUCGCCAACGUCCAUUGAGUUUUAUAAACCUUAUAAUCGUUGGACCAAGGGUCUUUUAUCGGCUGCUAAAUUUGUCGGGGCUAGUGCUAAUGUCAUGGUUGAAAUAGCUGAUUCCAUAGUUUGUGGAAAAGACGUAAAAUUAGAACGCUUAAUUGUAAUUUCACAAGAGAUAGCUGCUAGUACAACUCAAUUGGUUUAUGCUACUCGUGUAAAAACUACUUCACAAUCUGAAAUGUUCAAUAAAUUACAGUUAACUAGUAAAGAAGUAUGCAAGUGUACUGGAAAUUUGAUUGCAUGUGUAAAAAAGGCAAUUGAAGCAAAACAUAUAGAAGAACUUGAUUUUAGUAGCCUUACACUAACUCAAGCAAAACGUAUGGAAGUUGAAUUACAAGUGAAAAUUAUUGAAUUAGAAACAUCGUUAACAAAUGAACGACAACGUUUAGCUAAAUUAAGAAGAGAUAAUUAUCAGUUAUCAGCUGAAGUAGAGGAUUUUUUGUUUGAAGUAAUGACAUGCAUGAAUGUGAAUGACUAGCUUAUUUUUUUUUGAAAAUUUAAUUAUUACGUACGAAUUGGGUCAAAUAAAAGUAGUUGUUCAAUAACAUCAAGUGAAUUGCUUAGACUAGUAAAUCUUUUUUAGUGUGAUCACCUUGGUUAUUACUUAUUUGAAAAGAGAUCGAUUAAUUUUCUUGCCAGAAAGUAUGGGUGUCCUUUACAUCACCAUUAUUCGUGAUAAUAUGCUUAUUUGAUGUUUGUUAAAAGCAUGAUUUAUUUGUUUGUUCAUUUUGUAUAUUACAGUAAUACAGGGUUAUAUUGGCUGUCUGCUAGUCUAAUUAGUUGAUGGACAAUUUUUGUAACCCGAGGAUUACCCCAAAGAUAUUUUUACAUUUGAAAACCAAUACGUCGUUUGUAAAGCAACUUGAAACUAGCAUGACGUAAUCGAAUUCUCAAGGUCUCUAUUGACUUAUAUUCCUAAUCCUAUCUGAUAUUAGAACCAGAAUCCUUCAGAACUUUCAGGUUAUGAAGGAUUUCAGAAAGCAUAUCAGUUUCAACUCUUUUUCCAGAAAUGUUAUCCUUGUCGUAAAGUAAUUUGUUUAUGCAAACGUCUGGUCAAUAUAUCCGUAUGCACUAACCCAUUUGUAAAUAAUUAGCAAAUCUAGUUAUAGAGUAUAUAAAACUUUUAAUCAUGUUUUUAUUUUUAUUUUAUUCUGUUCAAAUAAAUUCUUUACAUGGAUACACAUGUCUGCCACUACCAGUUGAUCAAUGAGAGAUAAUGAAAAACUCCCAAUGAAAAUUUAACAAAUAAAGCAGUCUACAAACCUACCUUCCAAAUUAAAUGUAAAUAGAUUUAUUUCAACAGCUUAAAUACCUACGUUAUUAUCAUUAAAAUUUGUUAUCUUACUACUAAUACCACUCCAGUAAUCAGUUAGUAAUGCAUACCUAAGUCUUUCAUUAUUCAAAAUAACUCCCUCCAUUAUUGUAUCAACGGCACAAGGAAGAGUGACAUGAAAUCAUAUAUUCAACUUUGUACUUGAUUUUCAUCAUUUUGUUAUUGUAUGAUCUCAUAUUGAUUAUUUAGUGAUAUGACAAUUUUCUUUCUGCCUAGAGAAUGGAAGAAUGCUUUUUCUCUCGACUUCGUCUCGUUCCUUUUUCUCUUCCUUUCUUCUAGAAAAAUAGAAUAAAGAAAUGACUUGCCAUACCUUUUUACUUGUCUAUUCAUAUUUGUUGUGCUCUUAUUCCCCAAGCUUAUUUGAAAAUAUUGAUUUUUCACCCGUCGUAACGUCUUGCGGGACUGCUGAACUUUCCCGGUUAUUUUAUAGCAUGAUAAUAUCUAUUUGGAUCGACAAUAUAGUAUUGCGUGAUUUUUUUCUGAUUGAAUGCUUAUUAUUACCAUUAUUAUUAUGCUAAACAAUGAUAUAAUUGCACUGACUAAAUUGUUCUAACAGCGCACCUCAUCUAUACUUCCACUUAUGGAUAUGGAUAAUUCGAAGAUUGGGAUUAGUAAUUAAAGAAUAAAUUUCCUGUUUUGGAUACUAAUCUCUCUGUAGUUAUAUUUGGAUAUUGAUUUUGAAACAAAGACGGAUCUGGUUGUAUAUUUUAUAGCUCAUCGGUAAAUGACGUUGGAACUGGUACAAUGAAGACAAAAGUGUUUACGAUGGAUUCCGUGUGUCAACUAAAUUUUGUAGCUUAGUUUUGAAGUGCUAACUCUAUAACUUACAGGUUUCUAAUAUCAACUGUGUAUUCCCCGAUGGUUUUUAACAAGUGUAAUUAUCAACCUUACCAAACAAUUAGACAAGCAGUGAUAGUUCUUUUUUUAACAAAUAGUACGACUUUCUCCUG